GAGGGAAGGAGGAGGAAGAGGAGGAGGAGGAGGAAAGGUGCAGCGGGGUGGGGAGAGCGCUCCAGGCACACCUGCAGGAGCGGCGCGGAGCCGGGAUGGAAGCCCUGGAGAAUGCCUCUCUCCAAGCCUGCAGCCUCUCGGAGCAGGAGGAGGAAGAAGAUGCCAUCUGGGAGAAGAUCGAGAGCGCACGGCACCAGCUGACCCGCUCCCUGAACCCGGCCAAGCUCACCCCCUACCUGCGCCAGUGCCGCGUGAUAGACGAGCAGGAUGAAGAGGAGGUGCUGAAUUCGUGCCGGUUCCCUUGCAAGAGCAACCAGACAGGUUACCUGAUGGACAUCCUUCGGCGGCGCGGGAAGCGAGGCUACGAAGCCUUCCUGGAGUCCUUGGAGUUUUAUUACCCUGAGCACUACACCCGGCUCACAGGGAGGGAGCCAGCCCAGCGCUGCUCCAUGAUCCUGGACGAAGAAGGCCCCGAGGGGCUCACUCAGUUCCUGCUGGUGGAGGUGAAGAAGAUGAGGGCUCAGAGGAAAGAGCACCUGCUGAAGGAGCACCAGCUCCAGGCGAAAAACCAAGCCAUGGAGCAGGAGCAAGCCCGGCUGGAGCAGCGGCUGCAGGAGCUGCUGAAGGUGCAGGAGCGGUGCCAGCGGCUGCGGGAGGAGUGGGACUCCAACAGCGUGGAGCUGCUGAGGCUGAAGGACGAGAACUACAUGAUGGCCAUGCGCUACGCCCAGCUCUGCGAGGAGAAGAACAUGGCUGUGCUGCGCAGCCGGGACCUGCAGCUGGCGGUGGACCAGCUGAAAUGCAAAGUCACCAGCCUGGAGGAGGAGUGCAGCCUGCUGAGGAAGCAGGCAGCCGUGGUGCCCCAGCGGGAGGCGGAGGAGCGGGGCCACCCCGACACCGUGUCCGAGCUGUGGGCUGAGAACCAGCGGCUGAUGGCAUCGCUGCAGGAGCUGCAGGGCACCUUGCAGGCUCCAGGCGAGGUCCCAGUGCCGGGCUCUGAGCAGAUCCUGCUGGACAUCCUGGAGCACGACUGGAAGGAAGCCCAAGACGACCGGCAGGACCUCUGCCAGAAGCUCAACUCCCUGCAGAGCGAGCUGCAGUGGGCCGAGGAGCUGAGGGAUAAGUACCUGCAGGAGGUGGAAGACCUGCAGCUGAAGUACCGGACCCUGCAGAAGGACUGCGACCUCUACAAGCAUCGCAUGAACACCGUGCUGCUGCAGCUGGAGGAGAUCGAGAAGGAGCGCGACCAGGCGAUCCAGAGCCGGGACGGGGUGCAGCUGCAGUACUCCCAGAGCCUGAUCGAGAAGGACCAGUACCGCAAGCGCGUGCGAACCCUGGAGGAGGAGAGGGACGAGCUCCUGAGCAAGCUGAGCCAGGCGGAGGGGCUGAACAGCACGCUGGAGGCGCAGCUGCAGCGCUGCAGGGGCAACCGCAGCCUGGGCAAGAUGUGCAGCUCUUCCUACUCCCUCUGCUCCAACCUCAGCAGCACCUGGAGCCUCGCCGACAACCCCGCUGGCUUCGCGAGUGGGCUGGUGGACGCGCUGGGGGACUCUGCCAUUCAGAGCAUGGAGGUGACCCCUGACAGCGAGAAGGACAUCAACCGCCUCUCCACCUUCCCCUUCCCUCCCUGCAUCGGCUCCAUCCUCCGGCGGCAGCGGGAGGAGAGGUGCAUGCCCUACAAAAGCUUGUCCUGUGGCUCCUUCAGCAGCAUGGAAGAUGCAACAGGCAGUGGUUUCGCUAGCAUCUCGCUUGGGGCCUUCUCCUCCUCUUCCAGCAGCACCUACGCCAGGGUGAAGUCGGAGAUCUGCUUGUCCACGCUCCCCAGCCGCCAGGAGGUCACCAGGAGGUCCCUGGUGGUGCAGCUCAGCAGCAUGGGUCCCACCAGCAACCUGUCGCCCCAGGAGAAGAGUCUGGGAGCAGACAUCUCCAUCCUCGGAGGGAACAGGACAGGGAUUUUCGUCCAGUGGGUCAAGCCAGGCUCACAGGUUGAGAAAGCAGGGCUCAAGGAAGGCUGCCGGCUCAUUGAGCUGAGGGUCCCGUCGCUGAAGGAGGAGGUGCUGUCGCUGGAGAACUGCACGCGGGAGGUCGCCUACCUGAGCCUGCUGCACUGGGAUGAGCCUUCGAGCCUGGUCUUUCAGCUGGACCUGCAGGGAUACCAGCCUCUGCGGGAAGCCCUGGAGGAAGGGAAGAAGUUUUCCGGAGACUCUUUCUAUGUCCGCACCAACCUGCCCCUCCUGGAGUCGUCAGACCCCUACGCCCUCUGCGUCAAGUGCCGGGAGAUCCUGCACGUCACGGACACCAUGCACAAAGGGCGGCUGGAGUGGUACUGCUCCCGCGUCGACCCCCUGACCAUGCGGGACCUGGACAAGGGGACGGUGCCCAACUACAGCAGGGCCCACCAGCUGUUGAAGAUCCAGGAGAAGAGCAACCUGCCCGGGCAGCAGAAGAGCCACAGAAAUAAUCUAAAGAAACGGGCCUUGGACCAACUGCGCCUGGUGAAAUCCAAACCACAGAAGAGCUCAGGCCAGCCCCCUCAGCAGCUGUGGCUGGACCCUUGCUCAGACCCGGACAGGAGCCUGAAGCCUUACAGCCUGGUGCGCCCGGUGGUGGUGCAGACCCCGCGCCCCGUGGUGCUGUCCCCCAACUGCAUCGCCCCGCGCCUCAUCAGGAACCUGCUGGACCUGCCCACCUCCCGCCUGGACUUCCACGUGUGCCCAGCAGAGAAGCUGGCAGAAGAGCAUCCCAGCACUGCCCAUGCUCAGGAGCCCCCUGUGUCCAAAAGUGGCCCCCAGGAGUGGAAGGAGAGUGGCCAAAUCCGCAUGAUCCGGGAGGCGAUGGAGAAGAAUAAACACUGCCUGCUCGAGCUGGGAGUUCAGAGUGUGAGGGAUCUAAUUAAACGUGAGAUAUACCCCAUUGUAAUCCACAUCGAGGUCACCGAGAAGAACGUCAGGGGACUCAGGAACUUGCUGGGGAAGCCGGGCCAGCGGGACGCGGAGGUGCUGAAGAUGUGUCGUGGUGCUGAGCAGGCUCUCCACGCUCUUCCCUGCUCCUGGGCACGCGUGGAGCCCCACGCCUGGAGCCACGCUGAGGAGCUGCCCAAGGUGGUGCGGGGCUGCAUCUUCCAGGAGCAAACGCGCCCGCUCUGGGUCGAAGAUGGCGAUGACUGAGCUCGGAGUAGCAGAGCCUUCCCCAAGAGCUGUCCUUGGGCUCCUGCAGGUAGCGUGGCCACCUUCCGCAGGGGGCUGCCAGCAGCAAAGGCACCAGGUGGCCUUGUGGGGCCCCUUGAGGACAUGAAGAGUUGGGGACACAACACAUGUUGACCCACCAGCCUGAGCUUUCCGUGUUUUCCUGGAGAGAAGUCUUCCUUCCACCUUUCCUCUGGAUGCCUCCUGGGCUGUUCCCCAUCACCUUGGGCCCUGGGCUCUGGUACGUGGUCAGAUGGGGAGCACGGGGGAACCGUGUGAGAUCAGGCCGUGCAGGAGCAUCUCUCUCACACGUACGCAUUGAAACCCUUUGCCCAUCACCUCUGUCUUCCCUGCCCCGUGGCACCGUGUGCUCCGGGUCCUCCUCUACCUCACCUCCUGCCCCGCGGAGCAGGAGGCACGGCCGCACUGACACUAAGACGCAACCAACCCUCGUUUUAUGGGAGCUGUACUUUUUAUGGCUUGUAAAUUAUUAACGGGCCGUUUCACUGGCAACCCGCGUGUAAAGGAGAAUUAAAUGCCAUUCAUAACGGCGACGGGUG